UUGUGAAUUGUUUUUGAAAUUCAAUAUCGGAUGUGAUGUUGCGUUCAUGGUGUUCGAUUAAUUGUUGAUUCCAAUGGCGGUUGCUCCCGCAAUUUUGUUGAGUUUCUCCGAGCAAGAUUGCGCCUUUACCGCUUUACGAGUCUGAAAGAUGUGGAGGCUUUCACAUGUUCUUCAUGAGCACUUCAAUUGUGUUAUGCCGAAAUUUAGUCUUGUUCAACAGAAGAAGUAGCUGCAGUAAUAAUAGUAAUAGUAGUAAUUCAUUUUAUUCUCGUAAUGCAUCGCGUUUUGGGGUUCGAUUGAGUUGCAGUGGGGGCCGUAGAAAAUCGUCGUCUCGUGGGGUGGUUCCAAACGCCAAGAAGAAGAAGCACGCGAAUAAGAGGAGCUGGUGGCAGAGAUUCUUCUUCGACGAGGAAGGGAAUUGGCUCGGGUUAAAAGACGAAAGUACCCUCGAAGUGCUCGAGUCGGACGAGGGUGGUAGUGGCGAUGAUGACGAUGAGGAAUUGUCUGAGGAGGAGAAAUUUGAGGCGUGGAAGAGGCGAGCAGAGGCGAUUGUGGAAUUGAGGGAAGCGCAAGAAGAUGCAAAGAAUGAGGAGAAUAGGAGGUGGGAGGAUUGGCUUGAUGUUGAUAGUAAUGGGGCAUCUUGGUCUGAAAAAAACUCGAAUGGGGAAUUCGGAGAAGACGAAGGGGGAGAAAGUGAUGAAUUUUUUUCUGGUAGAGGAUUGGUCAAAUCUGUGAGGGAUGUGCUUCUUGGCAGAGAAGAUGAUGAUAUUCUGUACGAGGAUCGAGUUUUUCGUUACGCCUCGCUCAAUUCGGCUAAAUUUUUGGCAGUACUGAUCAUUGUUCCGUGGGCUUUGGAUUUUGUUGUUCAUGACUAUGUUCUUAUGCCAUUUCUCGACAGAUAUGUCGAGAAAGUACCACUUGCUGCAGAGAUGCUCGAUGUGAGGAAGAAUCAAAAGCAUGAAAUGGUCAAAGCUCUAAAUUUCGAGAAAGCCCGUUAUCGCCUCGAAGUAGAGAUUGGUAAAUCUCCUCCUCUUUCUGACGAGGAGCUUUAUUUGGAGUUACGCCAUAAAGCUUUAGAACUGAGGGAAGAAUGGAGAUUAGAGAACCGUAAAGCAUUCGCUAAUAUCUGGUCGGAUAUGGUGUUUGGGGUCUCGUUAUUCAUUCUUCUAUACGUUUAUCAAAAUCAAGUGGCUUUGCUGAAAUUCACCGGUUAUAAGAUUGUGAACAACAUUACAGACACGGGGAAGGCGUUUCUUAUAAUACUCAUCACCGAUAUAUUCUUAGGAUAUCAUUCUGAAUCGGGUUGGCAAACAUUGUUAGAGAUCAUAGUCGAGCAUUACGGAAUUGAAGUGGAUCAAGCUGUUAUUACAAUCUUUAUCAGCUUUGUUCCAGUCGUAAUGGAUGCUUGUGUCAAGCUCUGGAUGUUUAAAUUCCUGCCGCGAUUAUCUCCAAAGGUGGCGAAUAUUUUCCGUGAAAUGAAGAGACAUUAGGACAAAAUCCUACUCUUUUGAACGACAAAUUGUCGGAAUAUUCUCAUUUUUCCACCUCCUUUUUUUUCUCUCUAUAAUAUUCGUCGUUCGGUCUAAGAAAAUAAAUUUUGAAAAAAAAAAAAAAAAAAGAUGGUAUGAAAUCGAGUUUUUUCCUCUUGGCAUGAUAUACAAUAUGUCACAUGUGACAUUGAAAAUAGAAAAAGGGGCAGUGUGAAAAUGUGUGGUACCUCCUUUCCCUGUUUGAGGCCCCCUUCCUCUUCCCAUAUGGUGCAUUAUUAUCAUUUCUUCCGGGUCCCGACGGAUGACGAAAAGUCUAACGUCGAUAUCUCUCGGAAAAUUUAUGAAAGGUUUGUAGUCUACGUACAUAUACAUACGAUGUGGUUAUAUUGCUAUUUCCAGGUGUGUUUUCAAGAUUUUACACUCUUUAACUUCCCAGUUUCUUGUGUUGUGGGGAGUAGCUACCUAUUAAUUAUUAUUAUUAUUAUUGCCUCUCUCUCUCUGCCAAAAUAUGCUCUUUGAAGUAUCAAACUACCUGUGCUGGAUGGAGUGUAUAGUAUACAUAUGUAUUAAUUAAAAGUUGGGUAAAUUCCACUUUCUCCCCUU